UUGCGAGCGUUCCUUCUCGGUACACUACUGGGUUAGUCGGUUUGUUAUCGGAAGCAAUUGUUCACGCGGUAGGGAAAUAGUGCAAAGUAUUGAGCUUCAUCAGAAUCCUGUGCUCGGUGUUUGUGUCUAGUGCUGGAUAUAAGAACAAACCUUCAGGGUAGCUUAAAUCUCAUCGACGGACCACCGCCUCCCAUCCGACAGAAUGCCGAACGAUGACGAACGAAAGGUCAUUCCGGACUUACCACGAGGUCCACUGUGCGAGUACCGCAAGAAAGCUAAAUUCAACUGGAAAGACUUCAAAUUGGUGCUGGAAAAUUCGACCCUGGUUCGAAUAAAGUUUGACGUAUGGAGAAAGCUAGAAUCGGAACCACUGUUCACGCCGGUCACCUCGACUCUAUCUGCAGAUCAACAGAAAGAACGAGCAGCCAAACAGGUGAAUCGUGUGGCAGAUCUGGAGCUGGCCCCAGCCGAGGUCUAUUCGAUGGACUACAAAUACCGAGUACGAUAUCUGAUGAGCAUCAACGAAGCUCUGCAUGCCGUUUGCCCAAGCAUGUCGGUCAAAAUCGCUCUCGGUGUGGGACUGUUCACCAACUCUCUUCUAGCCAUGGGAACCGAACGGCACUCGGCAAUCUACAAUGCGGCAUGGAAUCGUGAAAUUAUUACCUGCUUGGCAAUCACGGAAGUCGGUCACGGAAGUAACACAAAACGGUGUCGCACGACGGCCACUUACGAUCCCAACACGCAGGAGUUCAUCAUUAACACGCCUGACUUUGAGGCUGCCAAAUGCUGGAUCGGCAAUCUGGGCAAAACGGCUUCGAUGGCACUGAUGUUCGCCCGGAUGUACACCAGCGAUGGGGAGAAUCACGGACUGCAGGGUUUCUUGGUGCCAAUCCGGGACCCAAAAACGCUGCAAUCCUAUCCGGGUGUAAUCGUAGGCGACAUUGGCGAAAAGAUCGGUUUGAAUGGCAUCGACAACGGGUUCGUCAUGUUCAACAACUACCGAAUACCGAGAGAGAAUUUACUGAACCGAACUGGAGACGUUACACCGGAAGGCGUUUACGAGAGUACGUUUACGGAACCGGGGAAAAUUUUGGGUGCCGUGUUGGAAUCCUUCUCGGCCGGUCGGCUAGGUAUUAUGCAAGAAUCGUCAAAUACCCUUUCGCACGCGGCCGUCAUUGCAGUCCGAUAUGCCGCACUGAGGAAACAGUUUGGACCCGAGAGGGACGGUCCGGAGCAGUCUAUUAUUGAGUAUCAGUUGCAUCAAUGGCGAACCUUCCCGUACUUAGCAGCGGCCUGCAUUCUUAAGGUAUCGGUAUACGCCCUGACGGAAAUCUACCUGGAGACGGUCCAGAAAUCACAAGCCGAAUCCAAUGGGUUCGAGCUGCUGACGCAGAUCGUUUCCGAGCUGCAUGCACUGGUGUCGUCUUCGAAGCCGCUGGUAACGUGGACGGCUCGGGAUGCCAUUCAGGAAUCACGCGAAGCAUGCGGCGGCCACGGAUAUCUGAAGGCGGCCAAUCUGGGCGAGUUGAGGAACAAUCACGACCCGAGUUGUACUUACGAAGGUGACAACAAUGUCCUGGGACAGCAGGCGUCCAAUUGGUUGCUGCGGCAGUGGAAGGGUUCCAAGGUAGAGAGCCCCGUCGGAACGGCCAAUUUCAUCGAACGGCGAGAGGACAUCCUGAGGAAUAGUUUCGAUGCUAUCGUGAAGGGCGGUUGCGAGGUGCAGAGCCCGGAAUUCGUAGCUCAAUGCUACGAAUGGCUGAUGUGCUGGCUCCUUAAUUCAACCGCCAAUCAGGUACAGCUUUCCGGUGAGAACGGCUCCGAUCGGUUCAAAGCCAGAAACGAUUCCCAGGUGUACCGGGCGAGGGAUCUCAGUCGAGCGUACGCAGAGUAUUAUGCCCUACAGAGCUUCAGAUCCCGCUGCCAGCAGGGGGACAUCUCCGAGGAACUUAAACCAGUAUUGUACAACGUGUACUUCAUCUACGGUAUGUGGUGUAUCGAUCGACAUCUGGCUACAUUCUACGCCGGUGGUUUUGCCUCUGGGCCACGCUUUGCCGAUGCCAUUCGCAGUACUCUGCUCCAGGCAUGUGGGCAGUUUAAGGAUUCAGCCGUUUCGGUGGCAGAUGCGUUAGCACCACCGGAUUGGGUUCUAAAUUCGGUGAUUGCGAAAUCGGACGGUCGGCUGUAUGAGAAUCUGCAGAAUCAAUUCAUGACCAAUCCCGGAGCGAUGGAACGUGCGUCCUGGUGGAAGGACAUCAUACCGACCAAGAUGAAGUGCAAGCUGUAAGCUCGAGGAGAACCGGAUCAGUUGUGAAUUUACGGGUUAAUGAGAGCGGAAACCGAAAGUAUGUGUGUCUAAUAGUGUGCAAUCAAUGUUGGUGUAGUUUGGAACUGUCGAAGAUCUCGAUCCCCCCUCCUGGAUGCAAAUUCAGUGCUGAAUGUAUCGUAUUCGGGAGAACAACCGAGUUGUUAAGACGAGCACAAUGCGUGAAUGACGAUUAGUGCUGAAUCUAUCAUCUUUACCACAUGGAAGAAACCAUCCUGAUCUAAUCAACAAUCUCAUAUGCCAACCAAUUGUCGAUAAAGGAAAUCCAGAAAAUCAAGCAAAAGUGUGUCUUAUCUAUGAAUCUUAGAUAUUUAUAUGGUAUAAAGUGAAAUUUUAGCGGCAAACCCCUUUCUAUAUACAUGCAUGCAUCUUUAUAACAAUGAACGUAUUUUCUACACUAUUGAAUUUUUCAUAUUUUUACCGAAUGUUACUGUUUCACUAUCCCAACGAUCAAAAACCAACCUACAAGGAAAAAAAUCAAAUUAAAGAAUGCACGACCUGAAUCUGUUAACAUUUUGGGUUACUAAAUUACAUUUCAAACACUGUUUUCUGAUCCACUUGAAAAUACCACUGAAUUGAAAGGUAAUCUUUUUACGUUUAUUUUAUGUUUAUUCUAUAAUGUGUUAUUUUAAUCUAUCAUCUAUUAAAUUCAACGUAUCAAACCACCCGCAGCCCUUCCCCGAAGGAAGACUCCCUAGAAAACGAGACGAACAUAAUCCCCGGUGUAUACAUUUAAUGUAGAUCGUUAAUAAUAUGCGAUUUAAGCAACAAUUGUCCAAGUGAGCGUUCAUUGUGACCGAAGAAAAACAAGAAAUGUGAA